CGAAGGCGGAAAGGAAACCUUCGAGAUCCAGUGCUCGCCCCAGAUGGCGCGCUCCAACUGCGACCAGUCAACUCUUUCGUGAAGACGAUAUUUGGUGCGAAAGGCGGCGUGGUUUCGGGUUCUUUGACGCCGGAUGGCGAUAGACGUUGCCGUCCGACGACUCCCCACUCUCAUCUUGAAUGUGAUGUUUCGAAGAGAAUCCCUAAAAGUGGAAUUUUCGCGACAUUUCUCUGGAAGAGGGCAUGGCGGCAUCUGCGAACAUGGUAGCCUACAAAGUUGUGUUCUUUGCACUAGGUUGUUUCAUGCUGGCAACCCUCAUCUACACCACUGUGACUGAUGGGUCACCUUUCCGAAUCGAGCUCUUGACACCGUGGAUGGUUGCGACGUUGAUUGAUUUUUAUGUUAAUGUUGUGGCUAUAGUGGCUUGGGUUGCAUACAAAGAACCAACCUGGAUGAAAGCUUUUUUAUGGGUGAUUCUGUUAGUAUGUUUUGGAAGCUUAGCAACAUGUGCUUAUAUCACUCUGAAACUGUUCAAUAUUACAUCUCAACAUCUACAAGAUCCUGUAAGCCAACUCUUGUUGAGGAAGGAUCAUGAACAUAAUGUCAAGUGCUCUUCUAUUAUGAUUGGGAGAGUUCUCUUCAGCACUUUGGGUAUAGUUGUUUUAAUAGUAGUUGUUUAUACCGUAAUUACGGAUGGACUUCCUUUCAGGACGGAGUUGUUGACACCGUGGAUGGCUGCAACCUUAAUUGACUUCUAUAUCAAUGUCUUUGCUAUAUCGGUAUGGGUUGUUCACAAGGAGUCAACUUGGAUCAGUGCAUUCUUCUGGAUCUGUUUGUUGAUAUGCUUUGGCAGUAUCACAACGUGUGCUUACAUUGUCAUUCAACUUCUCCGGCUCUCAUUGGAAGAUCCAAUGUACCAUGUUUUGUUGGACUCCCGCAGCAAGCAUGGAAGUACAUCCGCCAAGAAGGAUUAGUUGGCUUACGUGUAUGGAGUGACCGGCUGCGGUUUGCCUCGAUUGUGUGUGUGUAUGGAGUGACCGAUUAAAGUAUUUAACUACAAAAUCUGAGUCUUCGGAAUUUUCUGUUGCCAAUCAACUGAUUUGUGACUGUUGAAAAAAUGUUCAUUAUUACGGCAUCUGGAUUUGUGACUGUUGCAGAAGAGCUAUCUCAACUUGCUCUUUAUACUCAAUUACCUUCUCUGGAUGCUGCAAAACUGUUGCAGCCAAUGGAUCUAUCUUGAUACCCUCCUGCACAGCCUUUGAUGAAGCAUCAAAGUGGAUUCCAAGUGAAUACAUACUUGGCUUUUAUGUUUCAUUUUAUCAACAGUGGACUGUGACUGAUUGUAAUUAAAAUCUUUAAAGUGAAACCAAAUGAAGAGAUGUCAUUUGCUUCCUCA